UCACUGGCUUAUAUGGACAAGUCAGUCUGAUACCACGUGACCCUCAGCUGCUAAAAACAGCUCGAGCGCCACUGUGAACCUGGGUCUGAAACAAUGUCCUCCGCCGAAAGAAACGUAAAGGACACUUGAUCACCCAAUCCUUGGAAUUAUUUCCAGGUAUCACUUGCAGAAGCUGUUCGGAGCAGCCUUUCCCUGGCAGAGCACCCAGGGACGGCCAGGAGAUGAGCGCAUCUUUGAAUUACAAGUCUUUUUCCAAAGAGCAGCAGACCAUGGAUAACUUGGAGAAACAGCUCAUUUGUCCCAUUUGCUUAGAGAUGUUCACCAAGCCUGUGGUCAUCCUCCCCUGCCAGCACAACCUGUGUAGGAAAUGUGCCAGUGACAUUUUCCAGGCCUCUAACCCGUACCUGCCCACAAGAGGAGGCACCACCGUGGCCUCCGGGGGCCGGUUCCGUUGCCCAUCCUGUAGACACGAAGUGGUUUUGGACAGACACGGGAUCUAUGGGCUUCAGAGGAACCUGCUGGUGGAAAACAUCAUCGACAUCUACAAGCAGGAGUCCACCAGACCAGAAAAGAAGUCCGACCAGCCCAUGUGUGAGGAGCAUGAAGAUGAACGCAUCAACAUCUACUGUCUCAACUGCGAGGUGCCCACCUGCUCUCUGUGCAAGGUCUUCGGGGCGCACAAAGACUGCCAGGUGGCUCCCCUCACUCACGUGUUCCAGAGGCAGAAGUCUGAGCUCAGUGAUGGCAUUGCUGUCCUCGUGGGAAGCAACGAUCGGGUCCAGGGAGUGAUCAGCCAGCUGGAGAGCACCUGUAAGACGAUUGAGGAAUGCUGCAGAAAACAGAAACAGGAGCUCUGUGAGAAGUUUGAUUACCUGUAUGGCAUCUUGGAGGAGAGGAAGAAUGAAAUGACCCAAGUCAUCACCCGAACCCAAGAGGAGAAGCUGGAACACGUCCGUGCUCUCAUCAAAAAGUAUUCUGACCAUUUGGAGAAUGUGUCAAAGUUGGUUGAAUCAGGGAUACAGUUCAUGGAUGAGCCUGAAAUGGCAGUGUUUCUGCAGAAUGCCAAAACCCUGUUACAAAAAAUUUCUGAAGCAUCGAAGGCAUUUCAGAUGGAGAAAAUAGAACACGAUUAUGAGAACAUGAACCACUUCACAGUCAACCUCAAUAGAGAAGAAAAAAUAAUACGUGAAAUUGAUUUUUACAGAGAGGAUGAAGACGAAGAAGAAGAGGGAGAAGGAGAAGGAGAAGGUGAAGAAGAGGGAGUAGAUGUGGAAGAGGUGGAAGACGUCCGGACUGAGUCGUCAGGGGGAGAUGAGAGUCCAGAGAAAGGCAUGGAGCCCUCUCCACCGACCUCGGAGCUCCAGGCUGCCCCCGAGGCACCCCCAGUUUCCUCUCCGGACCCCCCUCCAGUCCUGCUACCUGCUGUGGAAGCCCCAGUGACACAGGGGGAGGUGGUGCCCACUGGCUCCCAGCAGACCACAGAGUCUGAAACUCCAGUCCCAGCAGCAACGGACACUGCGGAUCCCUUGCUUUACCCUAGUUGGUAUAAAGGCCAGACCCGGAAAUCCACCGCCAACCCACCUUCCGCCCCAGGGAGCGGAAGUCUCGGGCGCGUAGGGCCUUCAGCUUCCAAGGAUGCGCGUGCGCGGAAGGCUGAAGGGGCAGAAGCCGCAGCCAGGGAGAGGGCAGCAGUGAGUGGUAAGGAUGCUAGCUCACCUGCAGCUACUUCUCAGGCCCAGAGAUGACUUUCUCCCCCAAUUCUGAGGCUCUGGCAAUCUAAAAAGAACCAAGUUCCCAAGCACUACUCGUGGCCUCAUGGCCCCUUCCUGAAGAGAAUCACUCCGUCAUCUAAUCCUGCAUGGAAGGGGAUCCUGACUCAGAACGAGACUCAUUGGGCAAUUAUUCAGUAAUCCAGUGGGAGUGGACCCUCCAUAAUAGCCAUAGAAAGUGUUAGUCACUCAGUCCUGUCCGACUCUUUGCGACCCCAUGGACUGUAGUCCACCAGGCUCCUCUGUCCAUGGGAUUCUCCAGGCAGAACAGCCAUUAGAGGAGGCCAUUUUCCAAAGGUGUCCAGAAUGCUGUGAGUAGUCUGUGCUCUUAGAUGAAUGACCAGCAAAGGCCUCAUACAGGACUAUGCAGAUUUCCAUCAGUUCAGUAGCAGCAUAUCAUCUGCCUCACCAGAGAGGUACCCAGGUGGGCAGGUGACUGCUUUGGUGGGCAGGUGGACCAGGUGACUUCUGGUUCUCUCUGCACCCUCAGAGUCCACAGUGUCUCUCCUAAGAGAGGGGAGCCUGGGUGCAGUCACAUAGGGGGCAUUUCGGCCAAGUGAGAUCUGAACGAAUAAGGAGCCAGAGGGCCAAUGUUCAUUUACUGGCUAUAACAAAUUAGAACCAAAGAGAAGUCAUAAAGCCAACGGAGAGUAUACUAUUUUUGGUAUGUUGUCUCAUGGUCAAGCCUUUUCUUGAUGACUGUUAGGAGGUUUAGGGACUAACCAUCUUACUCCUUUCAUAACCUUUUGAAUGUUAUCAGCUUCAUGAGUCAUAUUUAAAGAUUUAAACCCCACGUACUUUUGAGUAAAUGGCCCUGCUGGGACUGAGACCCAGCUCCCUGUGCCCGUAGCUCAGAAGUGAUCCAGGGUGACUGGAGCUGAAAGGGCUCAGCUAUUUCUGGCUCGCUGACUUUUCCCAGGUUGACACUGACUCUUCUGGAAGCUCCCCUCAUAGCUCCUUUCUGCCUCAUUAGCUGUCUACUCAGCGAUGGCAGUAGGCUCCCCAUAGGUCCCUGUCAUGCCUAUAACUGUGUGUGAAUGGCACCUACCCCAGUGUCUAAUAGCCAUAACCUGUGUAUUAUAGAAUGUUCUGAGUGUCUUUGUCAGCUCAAGGGCAUAACUCCUCCUCCUGUCAUUUGUGAUGAACAGCAGUGGGAGGAAGUUAUUGGCCAUGGGCUCAGUGGGGCAAAUGGGGAGGGAGAGAAAAGUCCCUGCAUA